UCUGUCUCUCUGGCGUAAAACCACGUAGAAAUUAUAACAACCACAUUGAGAGAGAGACACAGAGAGAGAGAGAGUUGUCGUCAUCAAAGGCUGUUGUCACUAAGGCAGUGGAGAGGCCAGUUCAUUGCCUCCUGAACGGGACAUAUGGCUUCAAACAGCAUUUUCGACACGUUCUCCAGUUACCCAUCCAGUUUACUGCGAGAUCCGACCACGAGCAGACGGUUCACGCCGCCCUCCGCCUCGUUCCCGUGCGGCAAAGUGAGCGAGAGCACGAGCAUGAGCGCACCGGGUCCGCUGAGGACCGGACGGCCCGUGGAGACCCGCUCUGUGGUGGACGUGCUGGCGGACCACGCCGGAGAACUGGUGCGCACGGACAGCCCGAACUUUCUGUGCUCGGUCCUACCGUCACACUGGCGGUGCAACAAAACUCUGCCCGUGGCUUUCAAGGUGGUGGCUCUGGGUGAUGUUCCUGACGGGACUCUGGUGACGGUGAUGGCGGGAAAUGAUGAGAAUUAUUCCGCGGAACUGAGAAACGCGUCUGCCGUCAUGAAGAACCAGGUGGCGCGAUUCAACGACCUGCGCUUCGUAGGCAGAAGCGGCCGAGGAAAGAGCUUCACUCUGACCAUCACUGUAUUCACUGGACCACCCCAGGUCGCCACAUACCACCGUGCUAUUAAAGUCACCGUAGAUGGACCCCGGGAGCCAAGGCGUCACCGUGUGAAGCCAGAUGACCCUCAUAAGCAGUUCUCCGAUCGUCUCAGCGAUAUUGAGCGUUUUCAGAGGGCCAGUCUGAGGAUGAACCCUGGCAACGGGACCACCCGCCCCCACCAAUCACAUUACAACCCCUCCAGCACCUCACAGAUACCAGGAUUAUGGCCAGAUCAGAUUGACACUCCUGCAUUGAAGAACUGCAAAGUGGAAGACGAUUUACGCUGGACAGGUACAGAUCUGUUCCAGCCGAGAACAUCAUUCCCAUCUCUGUCUCCAUUAACACCUUCCCGAUUCUCUGAUUCACAUAUGCAUUACCCGGGUCCCUUCACUUACUCCACCAACCCGUCCAGCACUGGAAUCGGUGGUCUCAGCGUGGCCGGGAUGCCCGCCUCCAGCCGCUACCACACUUACCUGCCACCUCCGUAUCCUGGCAACCAGAACCAGAACUCUCACUUCCAGACCAACUCCUCGCCCUAUCACCUGUACUAUGGCACCGGAUCCGGCUCCUACCAGUUCUCCAUGGUUCCAACCGCCGGCGGUGCAGGAACUGGGGGCGAAAGGUCGCCAAAUCGCAUGCUGUUAUCCUGUACUGCGGCUGGAGGUGCCGGGGGUGCUGCAGGCGGGAACAACAGCCUGAUCAAUGCUAGCCUCGGUAACCAGAGCGACGGGGUGGAUGCUGACGGAAGCCAUAGCAACUCCCCCACAGCGAUGAACGCCUCCACGCGCAUAGAUGAGUCCGUCUGGAGGCCUUACUGAGAAAUAGAGCGCAGAGAAACUGAGUCUUUGAAAGAGAGCACAAUUAAGAGAAGUCUUGCAUGUUUGACUUUUUUUUAUUUUUCCACGCCGUUCUAUGGCACGUCUAUCGCUUCCAAGACAACAAAAGACAUGGAGUGACCAGAGAUGUUCACAAACAGUUGAGCUGUGAUUGCCGUCUCCUCUGGAUGCUCUAUAUCAGACAGAAAUGGACCUCAAAACAGAGGAAAUAAGUUUCAUAACAUAAUAAGGUAUACAUAGAAGAGUAAAAAAUGAUCAUUAAAAACGAUAACAGAAUAAAAGCAUCCCAUAGUAAUAUAUUGGCAACUUUUUUAUGUUACCAAAAAAAACAUUAACAACCAAAGAAACAAAAGCAAGUGAUGUAUGGACACAUUCUGAAAAAAAGCCAAUUCCUCCAGCCUUAUAAGCAAAUCUGCCUGAAAACUGUUAGUCUGGGAGUGCUUUUGGACCAUGAAAUGUUGCAAAGAUCGCAAACAUUUGUCAUGAAGACAGUAUGAAAGAACUCAGAGCUUCACAGAGUUGCAGGACUUUGUUGGUGUUGGCCUUAAAAGGCAGCGUGUGGGACUUUUAAUGUGUAAAUACACCACAGAUAUACUGAGAAUUCAAAGCUGUGGCCCACAGGUUUCAGGUACUUCCCAAAUGGCUGGACUAGUCUUAAAUGAAGAGAUGUGAUAAUAUAAUACAAGCCUGGGUCAGUGUGAGCUAAUGUUAUGCAAUCUCAGCAAAUUAGUAUUUCAUUGAAAGGAUUUUAGGGGGAAUAGUCUCACAAAACCCAUCAAGAACAUUCUGGGUCGUAUUUCACCCCGAAAUCUAAAGAAAUUAAAUUAAAUUAAGCCUGUUAUAGGACUAUUAAGAAUUUUUGCAUUAUUUUAAUAAUAAUUAAGCACAUUUCCUCCCAGUUGUCAAUACCAUAAGGCUAAAAAAUUAUCAUUCUCAUUACUUUAUUUAAAAAAUAUAAUUAUAAAUUUAAAUUGUAACGUAUUUAUACAUCAUAGUAGUAUUUGUUGUACUCCCUUAAUGCUGAUUUUUUUUUUUCAGUAAUAAAAAUCAAAUGAGAAUUAAUGGAAUGGUAAAAAAUCUAAAUGUAUUGAGAAUUUGGGUGGAAAAUGUGCUUAAUUUUCAUAUAAAUAUCGUCAUACAAAUGUAAAAAAAAAAAAAAACAUAAUUGUUGUACUAAAAAUAGGCUUUAUUUUCUUCAUGUAAAAUAAUUUUAAUAUAUUAAACAAAGCCUGUUUUUAGGCCUAUUAAGAUUUUUUUAUUUUUCAUUUUUCAUGGCAAUUAAGCACAUUCUCAGUACCCUGAUACAAAAAAAUCAUCAUGCUCAAUACUAAAAAAUUGUUAAUUAAUCAAAUAAAUAAUAAAAAAUAUAUAUAUUUAAAUUGUAAUAUAUUUAUACAUCACGGUAGUAUUUGUUGUACUGCCUUUAUGCUGAUGUAAGUAAAAAAACAACAAAAAAACAAUACAGUAAUUACAGUAAUUUUUACUGUACUAAAAACAUUAUUGAGAAUAAUUGGAAUUGAAAAAAAAAAGAAAAACUAAAUCAUCCAUGUAUUUAAAGUUAUUAUAAUUUGUGUGAAAAAUGUGCUUAAUUGUCAUAAAAAUGUUCUCAUAAAAAUGUUAAAAAAUAUAUAUAUAUAUAUAAAAUGUGGUCCUGAAAAUAGGCUUUAUUUUCUUCAUGUAAAUUAAAUAAAAUUAAAUGAAGCCUAUUUUUAGGCUUAUUAAGAAGAAACAAAUUUUGGGCAUUAUUUUCAUUGUAAUUAAUCACAUUUCCUCCUCAGUUCCCAUUGCCAUAAUGCAAGAAAAUCAAACUCUCAUUUAAUUUGGAAAAAAUAAAUAAAGAUAUAUUUAAAUUGUAAAAUAUUUAUGCAUCACGGUAGUAUUUGUUAUACUGUCUUUAUGUUGAUGUAAAUAUAAUUUACAGUAAUAAAAAUCAGAAGAGAAUAAUUGGAAUUUCAAGUAUUUACAUUAUAUUACAUAAAAUGUAUUUAUUACAUAUAUUAUAUAAAAUUACAUAAAUUAUAUAAUUUGGGCAGAAAAUAUUCUUAAUUGCCAUGAAAAUAGUGUCAUAAUGUAAAAUAUUUUGUGGUCCUAAAAUUAGGCUUAAUUGUCUUUGUGCAAAAUUUAAUUUAUAAUUUUUCUUUUGAUUUUUGGGUGAUGGUUUUUGUGUGAAACACUUCAGCUGUGGGUUUGUCGAUUUGUAAAUCGCUUAUAUGUGGGGAAAAAAAAGCAUGUCCAUACCCAGAGACAGACAGCCGUUUGUGUGUUUUUAUGAUUAGUUUGUUUUUGCUUUGCGGCCAAAAUCAUGAACAAUUAAUUUGUCUUUUGAACUUGUGAAGACUCGUCUUUUUUUGGAAUAGUUUUUAGAGUAAUUUUUUUUUUCUCAGUGUUGAUCGCUUUUAAUGCCAUUUUUCUGACUAAUGUUAUGUUAGUAAUGGUUUUUUUUAACUAAUUUUUAUGGUUAGUACUUUUUAAUUUUUUUGUAUUUAUUUGAGCCAAUGAGGAUACGUUCCUAUUUUGGAUCGGGUCACAAAACAUUUCGCAUUUCUGUUUUAUUUUUACUAUGCUUUUGGUUUUCUUUUUUAAUCUUUAAUAUAAAAUUGGAAGUUGUGCUACUGUAAUAUAUUCUUUCUAAAUUAUACAAAAACAAAUUUAAUGUAAUAUCUAUGUUUUCCAAUGCAGCUUUAAUGCACUUAAACAUUUAUUUAAGAGGAUAUAUGUCCUUGUUAACCACAUAAUGGAGAUGCGCCAUAUAACAUUGUUCCCAGAUAGAAUUCCAGAUUAUAUUUAGUCAUAUUGCCCGAAAGGCCUCAACUCUUACUAGCCAAAGAGUCACACAAUCUCCUGUUGUCAUUGUACGUCUCGAAAGUGUGAAAAAUAUGUUGCUCUAAGCACCUACAUUAUCUGUCUAAUUUUCCUACCUUGUUCUUAGAAUGACUGAAAUCGGAGACGAUAAUUGGGCACGUUUGAAAGGAGAUCAGCCUUGAUUAUUUGAAUAACAAAACCAUGCGCAAGCUCAUACAAGGAGGGUAAAGUGGCCAUGACACACACACACACACAUUUGCAACAGGUGUAAGCGAAUAUUUCAGCGCAUAACCGAGAGGCUUUUCCCAUGCUCACACCUGCUCCAAUUACCUGAGGCCAGAGCACCCUAAAAGAGUGAAGGAAACAGGUAGAAAGAUAGAUGAAGAGAGAGACAGAUCUCCUUUCACAAUCAUUGGUCAUCCUUUAGGCCUGUUAUCCAAGCAAAAGUGCCUGUGUUCAGUUUGAUUCACAGCUGCUUUGAAGCCUUUAUGGGGGCAGUUAUUUGCCUUUCCAUUGUGCCUCUCGUAUGAUUAUUGCCUGAAGUUGAAGGCAGCAUGCAGGAAAGAUGGAUUCAAAAUGCAACAUGGUCUUACAUGCUACAUGCAGGGGUCAUUUUCCUCCUGCAAGGGUAUUCUGGAACAUGGUAUGGGAAACUGUUUGCUACUGCAAUUCUGUCUGAUGUUCAAAUGAAGAGUUGUUGAUUAUUGUCUAUCAGUGCCUCGGUUUCAAUCAAUAAAUAAUCAAUUUUCUUAAUCAGUAUUUUUGUCUUGUUUUCCAUAAUAAAUCUUUACAUUUACGUGUAUGCAUUUGGAAGACCCAUAACCUCGGCAUGGAACCCUGAAAACAAGAUACAUUUAUGUACAAAGCUAAAUUGCAUAAGAUACAUGAGUGAUGGUGGCAUAGUGUGCUAAAGCACAUAACUGUUAAGCAGAAGGUUGCUGGUUCGAUCUCCAGAGCCGCCACCAUUGUGUCCUUGAGCAAGGCACUUAACUCCAGGUUGCUCCGGGGGGAUUGUCCCUGUAAUAAGUGCACUGUAAGUCGCUUUGGAUAAAAGCGUCUGCCAAAUGCAUAAAUGUAAAUGUAGAUACUAAGACUAUUUUUUUAUUUAUUUAUUUUUUAUAGGAAAACUGUUCUUACCCCGUCUGCAAAUAGUUUUUCUUGGUUCAAUCAUAAAAAUAACAAAAUGUAUUGUUAAAAAAUUACUGAAUAAGAAAAUGUUUUGCCGUGUGUACUGUAUUUUGAGAAUACCCGAUGUCUUGAAUAAACCUGGA